UUGUCUCUCUCUUUUGCGCGCACAACAUGCCUUGUUCUGAAGCGGACCUUGCCCCUUCCCCCAGCAAGAGGCCAAAAGUCUCCGGCUGUGAGGCGCCCGGCGAGAAACUCCGCUUCUCCAAGCUGUCGGAAAACGCGUCCGCUCCUUCCAGGGGCUCCUCCCGGGCUGCGGGCUAUGACUUGUACAGUGCACAUGACAUUGAAAUCCCUGCUUCAGGGAAGGCUGUAGUGAAAACAGACAUUCAGAUUGCCCUUCCUUCUGGAUGUUAUGGUCGAGUAGCUCCUCGCUCUGGUUUAGCUGCAAAACACUUCAUAGAUGUUGGUGCUGGAGUUAUUGAUGAGGAUUACAGAGGGAAUGUUGGUGUUGUACUGUUUAACUUUGGAAAGGAACCUUUUAAAGUUAAAAAGGGGGACAGGAUUGCCCAGCUAAUCUGUGAGCGCAUCUACUAUCCUGAGCUUGAAGAAGUCCAGGUUUUGGAUGAAACAGAACGUGGCUCAGGAGGUUUUGGAUCAACUGGCCAGAAAUAAGGAUAGCUGUUACUUGUAGUAAAAGAUUUCAUUUCCCUUGUUUUUGUAUAGAGCAUUUUUGUAUAAAUAAAACUUCUUUUGGUAGA